CUGAAAGAGAUGGCUUUUUAAGUUGUGGAUUUUCAGAACGUUUUGUAAUCUCUUUAUCACACUGGAAUUUUUUUUGUUUUGAAGUAAGUCUUGUUUACAAGCUUCAGCCCCUGCACCAUCUUGGUAACUUUUUCCAUUUGAAAUUCCGAUGCCCUCUCACUCCAGGCUGAUAGAAAAGGUUGGCUGCUGAUGGGUGACUGUGACUGGUUGGUGUACAGACACAUUUUACUUUUUUUCUGUUUACCUCAGGCAUUGGAUGAAGUAAUUGAUCACUAAAGAACUACCGUGCUGGUGAGAUGUGUAAGAAAUUAUAAAGAGCUCUGAUGGGCUAUUUGGGUGAUACCCAGUGCAGUGAACUGCAGGAUUUUUGUCCCUGAGUCAUGGAAGACAGAAGAGCUGAGAAGUCAUGUGAACAAGCGUGUGAAUCACUCAAGAGGCAGGACUAUGAAAUGGCCCUCAAGCACUGCACAGAGGCCCUUCUUUCUCUUGGCCAGUACUCCAUGGCUGACUUCAUAGGGCCGUGUUCACUGGAAAUAGAAAGUAUCAAAAUUGAGAGUCUUCUUUACAGAAUUGCCUCAUUUUUGCAACUGAAAAAGUAUGGACAAGCUGAUGAAGAUUGUAGGCAUGUGCUGGGAGAAGGACUGGCCAAGGGAGAUGGUGCUUUUCAGGCAGUGCUUUGCUGCAUGCAACUGAAAGGAAAGCUUCAACUUGUAUCCAACAUUCUUGCCAAGUCACUAACAGGAGAGUCCCUGAAUGGGAUGGUAACAAAAGAUUUAACAAGACUAAAAACACUUCUCACAGAAACAGAGACAGCAACUAGUAACGUCCUCUCUGGAUAUCACGUGGAAGAUUUAGAAGAGGGAUCUUGUAAUGGUUGGCAUUUCCGCCCACCACCUAGGGGAAUCACAAGCAGCGAGGAAUAUACUUUGUGUAAAAGAUUUUUAGAGCAAGGAAUCUGUAGGUAUGGUGCCCAGUGUACUUCAGCACAUUCCCAGGAAGAACUAGCAGAAUGGCAGAAAAGAUAUGCUUCACGGUUGAUAAAAUUGAAACAGCAAAAUGAGAAUAAACAGUUCUCAGGCAGUUACAUGGAAACCUUGAUAGAAAAGUGGAUGAAUUCAUUAUCUCCUGAGAAAGUGCUUAGUGAAUGUGUUGAAGGAGUAAAGGUAGAGCAUAAUCCUGAUCUGACGGUUACUGUCAACACCAAAAAGUCUCACCAGACAUGGACUUUUGCUCUCACCUGUAAGCCUGCAAGAAUGCUGUAUCGUGUAGCAUUGCUUUAUGAUGCUCAUCGUCCUCAUUUUAGUAUCAUUGCAAUAUCUGCCGGAGAUAGUACUACCCAGGUAUCACAAGAAGUCCCAGAAAACUGUCAAGAAUGGAUAGGAGGAAAGAUGGCCCAAAAUGGAUUAGAUCAUUACGUGUAUAAAGUCGGGAUAGCAUUUAACACAGAAAUAUUUGGAACUUUUCGCCAAACCAUAGUUUUCGACUUUGGAUUGGAACCAGUACUCAUGCAAAGAGUAAUGAUUGAUGCAGCUUCUACAGAAGAUCUUGAGUACCUGAUGCACGCAAAACAACAGCUAGUAACCACAGCUAAGCGUUGGGAUUCUUCUUCUAAGACUAUUAUAGAGUUUGAACCUAAUGAAACUACUGAUUUGGAGAAGAGCCUUCUUAUCAGAUACCAAAUUCCUCUCUCUGCUGACCAGCUAUUUACCCAGUCCGUUUUAGACAAGUCAUUGACAAAGACCAACUAUCAGUCACGGUUGCAUGACCUUCUUUAUAUUGAGGAGAUAGCUCAGUAUAAAGAAGUAAGCAAGUUCAAUCUUAAAGUGCAAUUGCAGAUUCUGGCAAGCUUCAUGCUCACUGGAGUUUCUGGAGGUGCAAAGUAUGCUCAGAAUGGACAACUUUUUGGUCGUUUUAAGCUUACUGAAACACUUUCUGAAGAUACUUUGGCAGGACGGCUUGUGAUGACCAAAGUCAAUGCUGUUUAUUUAUUACCAGUCCCUAAAGAGAAGUUAGUACAGACCCAGGGAACCAAAGAGAAGGUUUAUGAAGCUACUAUUGAAGAAAAAACAAAAGAAUAUAUAUUUUUAAGGAUAUCCAGGGAAUGCUGUGAAGAACUUAAUCUUCGGCCUGACUGUGACACACAGGUUGAACUUCAGUUUCAGUUAAAUCGAUUACCCCUCUGUGAAAUGCAUUAUGCGCUAGACAGGAUCAAGGACAAUGGGGUUUUAUUUCCAGACAUCACUAUGACUCCAACCAUACCUUGGAGUCCCAACAGACAGUGGGAUGAACAGUUGGAUCCUCGACUAAAUGCCAAACAGAAAGAAGCUGUUCUAGCCAUUACAACCCCCCUUUCAAUACAGCUGCCUCCUGUUCUCAUCAUCGGACCCUAUGGGACAGGCAAAACCUUCACGCUAGCUCAGGCUGUAAAGCACAUCCUCCAGCAACAGGAGACAAGCAGGCUUCUCAUUUGCACCCAUUCUAAUAGUGCUGCUGAUCUCUACAUAAAGGAUUAUUUACAUCCCUAUGUAGAAGCAGGCAAUCCCCAGGCAAGACCUCUCAGGGUAUAUUUCAGAAAUCGCUGGGUAAAGACUGUUCACCCAGUUGUGCAUCAGUACUGUUUGAUCUCAAGCGCACAUUCCACCUUUCAGAUGCCACAGAAAGAAGAUAUUCUUAAGCACCGAGUGGUUGUUGUUACAUUGAAUACUUCCCAGUACCUCUGUCAGUUGGACCUUGAACCUGGGUUCUUUACGCACAUUCUGUUAGAUGAAGCUGCCCAGGCCAUGGAGUGUGAAACCAUUAUGCCUCUAGCAUUAGCAACUAAAAGCACUCGGGUUGUCUUGGCUGGUGACCACAUGCAGCUCAGUCCUUUUGUUUACAGCGAGUUUGCCAGGGAGAGAAACCUUCAUGUUUCAUUACUUGAUCGACUCUAUGAGCAUUACCCCGCUGAGUUCCCAUGCAGGAUCCUCCUCUGUGAGAACUACCGGUCCCAUGAAGCUAUCAUCAAUUACACCUCUGAGCUCUUCUAUGAGGGCAAACUGAUGGCCAGUGGAAAGCAACCAGCACACAAGGAUUUCUACCCACUCACUUUCUUUACAGCUCGAGGGGAAGAUGUACAAGAAAAAAAUAGCACAGCUUAUUAUAAUAAUGCAGAGGUAUUUGAAGUGGUGGAGCGUGUGGAAGAGUUAAGAAGGAAAUGGCCAGUAGCAUGGGGGAAGUUAGAUGAUGGCAGUAUCGGUGUGGUGACUCCAUAUGCUGAUCAAGUGUUUAGGAUACGUGCUGAACUUCGAAAAAAGAGAUUAUCUGAUGUUAAUGUAGAAAGGGUGCUAAAUGUUCAAGGAAAGCAAUUCAGAGUUUUGUUUCUUAGCACAGUACGAACAAGGCAUACUUGUAAACAUAAACAGACACCAAUUAAAAAGAAAGAACAACUGCUGGAAGAUUCCACAGAGGACUUAGAUUAUGGUUUUUUAUCUAACUACAAACUUCUCAACACUGCCAUCACAAGAGCACAGUCCCUGGUUGCUGUGGUAGGUGAUCCCAUUGCUCUGUGCUCCAUUGGAAGAUGCAGGAAAUUUUGGGAGCGGUUUAUUGCCCUGUGUCAUGAAAAUAAUAGCCUACACGGAAUCACUUUUGAACAGAUCAAAGCUCAACUAGAGGCUUUAGAACUAAAGAAGACAUAUGUGUUGAAUCCACUGGCACCUGAAUUUAUCCCCCGGGCCCUAAGACUGCAGCAUUCAGGAAGUGCCAACAAGCUGCAGCAAUCACCCCCCAAGGGGAAAAGCCUCCAACAUACCCAGAAUGAUCAUUUCCAGAAUGAUGGAAUUGUUCAACCCAAUCCUUCCGUUCUUAUUGGCAAUCCUAUUAGAGCAUAUACUCCUCCACCCCCUCUUGGACCUCAUCCAAAUUUGGGAAAAUCUCCAAGCCCUGUCCAGAGAAUAGAUCCUCACACUGGGACAAGUAUUCUUUAUGUACCUGCUGUCUAUGGAGGGAAUGUAGUUAUGUCGGUGCCUUUACCUGUACCAUGGACAGGAUACCAGGGUAGGUUUGCAGUUGAUCCUCGAAUCAUUACACAUCAGGCAGCUAUGGCCUACAAUAUGAACCUCUUACAGACGCAUGGACGGGGGUCUCCUCUACCUUAUGGCCUUGGGCAUCAUCCCCCUGUCAGCAUAGGGCAGCCACAGAACCCACAUCAGGAGAAGGAUCAGCAUGAGCAACAUCGAAAUGGUAAAAGUGAUACAAAUAAUCCUGGACCUGAAAUUAAUAAGAUUCGAACACCAGAGAAAAAGCUUACAGAAUCAAAACAGAUUGAUUUGGAAUCAAAUCCACAGAACAGAAGUCCUGAAUCACGUCCUGGUGUUGUUUAUCCCAAUACCAAAUUUCAUCGCAAAGAUAAUCUCAACCCAAGACACAUAAACCUUCCCCUUCCUGCUCCCCCUGCACAGUAUGCCAUCCCCGGUCGCCAUUUUCAUCCCCUUCCCCAGUUACCAAGAGCACCGUUUCCAGUUCCGCAGCAGCAUGCCUUGUUAAACCAGCAGCAGAAUAAUUUGCCUGAACAAGCAAACCAAAUGCCACCCCAACCAAAUCAGGUAGUCCAGCAGCAGAAUCCUUUGAAUCAGCUGCCUCCACAGCCGCCUCCUCAGCUUUCUCCUGCCUACCAGGCAGCGCCCAACAAUGCUUUUUUUAAUAAUGCAGUUUCUCAUCGACCACAGUCCCCUCCUGCAGAGGCUGUGGUCCCUGAGCAGCCCCCUCCCAUGCUGCAAGAAGGCCACAGUCCCUUGAGAGCCAUUGCACAGCCUGGCCCCCUUCUUCCUUCACAUCUGAAUAACUUCACUGAUGAGAACCCCCCAGGAUUGCCGAUAGGAGAGGCUUUAGAUCGUAUGCAUGGGAGUGUAGCCCUGGACACAUUACGACAGCAGCAAGUGCGGUUACAGCAGUGGAAUGAGCAUCACGCCUACCUGAGUCAGGGCAGUAUUCCAUACGCACACCAUCAACAGCCUCAUCCUCACCUCCAGCAUCUUCCUCAGCCGCCCAUUGGAUUACAUCAGCCGCCAGUGAAGGCAGACUGGAAGCUGCCCAGCAGUGCUGAAGGUGAAGCAGAAACAACAGAGUCAAGGUUUCAGGACUUACUCAGAGAACUGUCCAAUCGUGAUCAAAGUGAAGCACGGGAACUAGCUGAGAUGCCACCACCUCAAUCAAGACUUUUGCAGUAUAGACAAAUUCAGACUAGGAGCCCACCAGCAGCCCCCUCUCCCCCUUCCAGUACAGACCACAGUAGCCAUUUUUCUAACUUUAACGACAAUAGCAGAGACGUUGAAGUAGCCAACAACCCAGCAUUUCCGCAGCGACUACCACCCCAGAUAUUCAGCUCGCCUUUCUCGUUGCCAUCUGAACACCUUGCCCCUCCUCCCUUGAAAUACCUGGCAUCUGAUGGAGCAUGGACUUUUGCUAACUUACAACAGAAUCACCUGAUGGGGCCAGGUUUUCCCUAUGGCCUACCUCCAUUGCCUCACAGGCCACCACAAAACCCUUUUGUACAAAUACAGAAUCAUCAACACGCUAUUGGUCAAGAGCCAUUUCACUCAUUGUCAUCUCGAACAGUAUCUUCUUCUUCGCUUCCUAGCUUAGAAGAGUAUGAACCCAGAGGACCUGGCCGGCCCUUGUACCAAAGAAGAAUCUCCUCUAGCUCAGUCCAGCCUUGUUCUGAAGAAGGAAGCACUCCUCAAGAUAGCCUUGCUCGGUGUAAAGAGCUUCAGGACCACAAUAACCAAUCCUCAUUCAACUUAUUAUCCCCGGAGUCCUGGGUAAACACCACCUCAUCUACCCCCUAUCAGAACAUUCCGUGCAAUGGAUCCAGCCGGGCAGCCCAGCCCAGAGAAUUGAUAGCUCCUCCCAAGACCAUCAAACCCCCUGAGGAUCAACUGAAGUCUGAAAACCUCGAGGUGUCCAGUUCCUUCAACUAUAAUGUGCUGCAGCAUCUCGGCCAGUUCCCCCCCCUCAUGCCCAACAAGCAGAUUGCAGAGUCGGCUAACAGCAGCGGCCAGCAGACCUCGGGGGGCAGCAAGCCCGCCAUGUCCUACGCUAGCGCUCUGCGGGCGCCCCCCAAGCCCAGGCCCCCGCCUGAGCAGGCCAAGAAGAGUAGCGACCCUCUGUCUCUGUUCCAGGAACUCAGCCUGGGGAGCUCCGCAGGCAGCAACGGCUUUUACUCCUAUUUUAAAUAAUCACUUUGUUUUUGCCUCAAGGGAGAAUGUUUUAAUUUCUGUUUCUAUCAAUAGAAUUAAGAUAGUUGGACUUCAUCUAUAGAUGCACAGUUCCCUUUGUUUUAAUAUUAAAUAUGUUCUCACUUAAUUGCUUCGCUGCUAGACUUGCAACUAAUUUUUUAAAAGUAUAUUCCAUUAUUUUGCAUUUUUGACAUGAGUCAGAAUUUUGACAGCUUUUAUGUAGAAUAAAAAUAUUUUUAAAUUUGUGUAUUGUUACAUAUGUUUGCAUCGAGCUAGCAGCUAAGAGGUUAAUUGUGCAACUAUAAAAAAAAGAGAAAAAAGUUUGUCUAAAAUGUAUUUAAAAAGAAAAAAAAAGUUGUAAGUAGCAUUUACAUUUAUUCAAUAAUAUUACCAUAUGCUGGGUUUCUGUACCAGAAAUGGCCAGUUAUGUACAAAAUGUAUGUUAUUUUUGCUUAAAUUCAUUUAAAAUUUUUUAAAAUAAAGGGCAGCAUCUUAUAAAUACUUUUAAGUUUUAUCAGCUUUUUUUUGGUGACAAGAUGCUGCAUUCUAAAACUUUGAUAGUUUUAGACCACGUGUGGUGUGCUGAUUUCAUCUCCAUCCACUGCAGGAUAGAGUCAGAGGCGUUCUUCGCAGGUGUACCUGUAUGCCACUGUUUUUUGUAACGUGGAAAAACAUGGGCAUACUUAGUUAUUUUUUUGAACAAGCUACACUUCAAGCUUGUUUUUACUGUUAAUUUGAUAGUGUGUUUUUUUUAAACAGAUCAUGAAGCUGAAAAUUUUUAGGAUUGUUGGUGCUUAGUAGACUUGAUAACUAUUUUAAAAAUGCGUGGAUUUAGUAAAAUCUUUUUUUUCCUCACUAUGCAUGUGUAAACGUUUGUAAUCUGGCUCCCCGUCACCCCCUGCCCACUCCAGUGGUAUAAAAAAUUGUGCCGCUUUAAGGUUAUUCCCCCUCCCGUGAAAAUUUUGGUACCUUAUUUAAUGUUUACAUAACAAUGUGACAUUAUACAUGGCAAUUCAAAUAUUUUACUAACUGUUUGGUUUGAGGAACAUCAUUAAAAGAAGAAACAUGUUUGUCAAA